AUGGAGCGAGAUAAUCGAAUGACUGUUUUAGGGAGUGCACAAGAAGCGGAUACUUUAGAAAAGCGUGGUGGUGGUCGUCCGUUUACGUUGGUGAACGAGAAACGAGGUGGUGCUCGAUUCUUCAAAAUUCAAGAUCCAGACGACAUCGAGAAGCGGGCUGGUGGCCGACCGUUUUACAUCAACGUGAGAAUCUCCUUCUAG